AUGGGGAUCUGGAUUUUAUCUGCCUGCCUCCUGGGAGCAGCCUUUGCCAUGCCUCUACCACCUCAUCCGGGGCACCCUGGUUAUAUCAACUUCAGCUAUGCGGUGCUUACCUCUCUGAAGUGGUACCAGAGCAUAAGGCAGCCGUACCCUUCCUAUGGAUACGAACCCAUGGGCGGAUGGCUGCACCACCAAAUCAUUCCCGUGCUGUCCCAGCAGAAUCCCCCGAAUUAUACCCUGCAGCCUCAUCACCACACCCCCAUGGUGCCAGCUCAGCAGCCUGUGGUCCCCCAGCAAUCAGUGAUGCCAGUUCCUGGCCAACAUUCCAUGACUCCGACCCAACUCCACCAGACAAACCUCCCUCUACACCCCCAGCAGCCCUUCCAGCCUCAGCCCCUGCCACCACAGCCACCUCUGCCUCCGAUGUUCCCCAUGCAGCCCCUGUCCCCCGUGCUUCCUGACCUGCCUCCAGAAGCUUGGCCAGCAACAGACAAGACCAAGCGGGAGCUAGUGGUGAGUAUACCUUGA